GGAAAUGGAGAGAAGAUUAGAAGAAAAGUUUAGGAUCAGCCAGAAAGAGAAGUGAGUAAAGAACACUGUUGGCCCUCGAAAGACACUCACUACUAAGCACUCACUCACACAUCACUCAUUACUCCAAGGGUGUCAAACUAAUUCCAUGGAGGGCCUAGUGUCUGCUGGUUUUAGUUUUUUCCUUUCAAUUAAGGCCUAGACAACCAGGUGAGGGGAGUUCCUUACUAAUUAGUGACCUUAAUUCAUCAAGUACAACGGAGGAGCAAAAACCCACUGACACUCAGCUCUCCAUGGAAUGAGUUUGACACGUGCAUUACUCAAAUAAUUAAUAGGGCGAACAUUUCAAAUAAUGAACAUGAAUUUUGGAAAAUAGUCUCUUAAUUAAAGGCAUUUGUAUUUCAUAACCUUAACAUUACUCAUAACAUCUCCUGUCCACCUCACACGCACUAAGCAUUUUCUCUUAAAUACUUUCAUUGAUCUAGGCUUCCCUUGGACCUCCCCUCAUCACCCACUGGUACAGACACAUUCAUAGUCCCCUCUCCUACUCACAGCCUUCUCACUGAAAUCAGCAUUCACACUAGUUUGUUGUUUUGCUCCCAGAGUGUCCAGUAAUAACUCUACACGGUCGCCAUUGAAGACGGCCAUUGUGAUCCAGGACGACUCCCCCCACGCAGCGCUCCCGCCCCAGAUCCGCAUUCUGAAGCGGCCCUCCAGUAACGGGUCGUUAGGGUCACCCCAGGGCCAGAACCGUCCCGCGCCACAGGUCAAGUCCCUAGCCCAGCGGGAGGCGGCGUACGCGGAGGCCAGGAAGAGAAUACUAGGCAGCGCCAGCCCUGAAGAGUCGCCUCAGGAAUAGCCGAACACAGACUGGUAAAUAAAUACCUCACGCAUGCUGUUACCAGUUACAUCUGCCAUGUUACAACUGUUAAUUCCAAGUAUAGGCCUACUGUAUGUGUGUAUACCUGUGGCUGUUUGGAUCGGACAUCAUCUCUGAUUCUGUAAACAAAGUCUGGGUAUCUUGUCAUUUAUCUGCUACAUAUAUUUUGGAAGCCCAACUUUGACUAAAGCUGUUUUUGUAGUUGAUUACAUAAAUACAUAAGCACCCCAAUAUGUUUUUGGUAUUCUCCCUACCUCCAGACCAGGGCGUACAAAUUCCACCACACCCCCAGAGGACCUAUCAAAAAAUCAUGCUGUUCGCCAACCAGCAGGCCCAGACGGCACACACGGCUUUCGCCAAAACAGAUAAGUGGAUGAGGGGCCAUGCUGACAUGGGGAGGAAGAUGAAAUGGCUGGGCACCCUCAAAGGGGUUAUAGCAGGGUAAAUUUUUUUAUCUAAUUCUAUGGGAUGUGCUGUGAAUCUAAAUGCAUGUGUUCUCCCCUCAUGGCUCCCACUGGUAAUGUGUGGGAAGGCUUAGAGGGCCUUAAGGGGAAACAAGCUUUCUCUCUCUCCACCACAACUGUUUAACACUGUGAUAAGGACAUCUUCCGGAUUCUGCUCACUGUGAUGGUCCCUUUUAAGUACCCCACCCUACACCCAUGUUGCCCAAGGAAUCCUCUCGUCUCUUAUCUGCCCAAAGUGUGACCAGCAACUGGUCUGUCAUGGGAAACCUAUGAGGUUCUGCUUUAUACGGCUAAUUUGGACAUCAGCCGUGGACUCUUCCAUUUGGAAAUACUGAGAGCAGAGGAUUCCUGAGAACAAAGGAGAGAAGAGUAGUUACCGAAGCAAAUCAAGGCAAUAGAUGGAUGGUGGUACAUACUACCAGCUUCACCCAGCCAUAAUACUGUUCAAUCCCCCUUCCUCACGUUUUUAUUUUGGUUAUGGACGAUGAUCAAAUAAUCUGUCCAUUGCCAUUCGUUUUUAAGAGGGUGAUGUGUGGAAGUUCUGUUUACAGCUGUCUUUUUCUUUUUUUAAAGUGAGCUUUUUUGUAGUCUCCCAGACUGUCCUGAUUUCUAUUUACAAAAUAAAAAAACAGUAAAACAAAACAACAAAUGGAGAUAAGUGGAUAUUGAUAAAUUUUUAAGCAGCUUUUCUGCCUUUAUGAAUGAGGCGGUAGUAAUGUCAGAUCAGUAUUUUAAUCAACAUGAACUUAACCCCAUUUUAAAUAAUCCUGUAAAUAUUGGUUAAUUCCAACAACUGUAUAGGUGGUUCUGGCAGGAAUUAGAGAGGGG